AUGGACUCCAGCAAGAGCUCGAAAACCCAGGACACUGAACAAAUUGAUCCGGUGCUCGACAACCCUUCCUCCUCAAUCAUGCAAAUACCUGGAACGCGAAAGUUUUCAUUCAUUGGUGAGAGCUACCUCACUAAAACCUGCUUCCUGCGCCAACUCCUCCUCCUGGUCAACCAUCGAUGGACUGAUGACCUGACAGACGAACUGGAAAUCACUGCGGCGAACUCUUUCGAAAUCUGA